AUGCCUCACGACAUAGCCGGUAAUGAUAUGCCGGUACCUGAGCCUGACCCCUUUGGCAGCGGUGACCACGACGCCUACGACCUGUCCUCAACAGGAAACUACCCAUCCCCGCCCGGCCUCGCCCCGCUCUCCGGUCUCCUAGGCUAUUCCGAAGCAAACCGCGACUUCUUCGUCCGUACUUCACUCACGCAGACUACAGCGCUCCUUGGGCUGAAAUUAACGCCCGCGGAGCGGGAAGGCCUGACCUACUACAACAGCCGCUUCUACUCGUACGAAUCCUACGGGGACGUCCUGGGUAUUUCCGCCGGAAUCUUGAUUUCAUUUCUCCUCCGGAACCGCAAACCCGGCGUUAUAUCUACCACUAUGGUCCGUGUGUUCACGAAACCGGGCGCACAGAGAGACAAUGCCGCCAAGUGGCUUAGUCGAGGACUGAAGCUUUCUGUCUGGGGUUGCGUUGGGCGGAUGUACGGCCUCACAAGUGCGGGCUUCCAAGCGCUUCAGAAGAAUAAGGCUGAAAAACGACUGGAUCCGAAUCUUCGUCGUGUGGUUGCCGCGGCGAACAAGAAGAAGGAAGCUCUCGUGCACGAGAUUCAAGCCAACGGGCCCAGACUUCGGAGGAUGGAGGGCUUGGAAAAUCCGGGGGCGCAGGACGAUGGGCAGAGCUUGGGCGGGAUGGAGAUUUCUGAUGGGACGGAGGAUAGGUUGGAUGCUAGUGAGGUAUUCCCGCAUGGGCGGCCUUCAGAGCAAGUCGCCGAACUUGAGGCUAGGAAGCGGAGUGGUGGGCAUCCUGGGAAUGACCCGUUUGGUGUCGACGACGCCUCACCGACGAGAGGUGAUGGGGUGAUGGGCCAGGGCCAGGGUGGGUGGACAAAUACACAUUCCAAUACAAGCGAGUCCGCCUGGGAACGAAUAAGGAAGGGCCAGUCUCCCACAACACGCCCUCCGACCGACAGAGGUGAAGGUGAUGGGAAUACUACGUAUACUAGUGAGCCGAAAGUAGGGGGGUGGCCAGGUCGUGCCUCAAUGAAGGGGUACGGCCAAGGUGCCAAUAGAGAGCCGGGGACGGACAGCUUUACGUUCUCCAAGUCCGAGGAGGAGAGAGAACUUGCGAAGCAAGAAGCGCAGAAGGAAUUCGACGCCAAGGUCGAGAAGGAGCGAAGCGGGGGAUCGGGGGAUGGAUAUACGGAAGGUGAUUCCAGGAACCGGCGAUGGGGAUAGUAAGGUGGCCCUAUCCAGCUAGAUACGGCAAAUGUAAAUAGAUCACACAUAGGCUGGCUGCUUUGCCGAUCAGCGAUGGCGUGACAGGUUUGUUCGAGACAUUUUGCCGUGGGUUUCAAUUGAAGCUGAUUGUGUCUUUGA